AUGACUGACAUUGACCAAUUGUGUAUCUCCACCAUCCGUCUUCUCUCUGUUGACGCCGUCUCCAAGGCUAACUCCGGUCACCCCGGUGCCCCCUUGGGUAUGGCCCCAGUUGCCCACGCUUUGUGGCAGCAAAUGAAGUUUGACCCAAAGAACCCCCACUGGGCCAACAGAGACAGAUUUGUCCUUUCCAACGGUCACGCCUGUGCCUUGCUUUACUCCUUGUUGCACUUGUACGGCUUCGACAUGUCCAUUGACGACUUGAAGCAGUUUAGACAGUUGAACUCCAAGACCCCAGGUCACCCAGAGACCCACGAGGUUCCAGGUGUUGAGGUCACCACUGGUCCUUUGGGUCAGGGUAUCUCCAACGCUGUUGGUUUGGCCAUUGCCCAGAAGCAGUUUGCUGCUACUUACAACAAGGACGACCUUGCCUUGUCUGACUCCUUCACCUACGCUUUCUUGGGUGACGGUUGUCUUCAGGAGGGUGUUGCCUCCGAGGCUUCUUCCCUCGCUGGUCACUUGCAAUUGAACAACUUGAUUGCUUUCUGGGAUGACAACCACAUCUCCAUUGACGGUAACACCAACUGUGCCUUCACUGAGAACGUCACCGAGAGAUACAAGGCUUACGGCUGGCACAUCAUUGAGAUUCCUCACGGUGACACCGACUUGGGUGCCGUCAAGGACGCCAUUGAGGAGGCCAAGAAGGUUGACAAGCCAACUUUGGUUAGAUUGACCACCACCAUUGGUUUCGGUUCCAAGCAGGCCGGUACCGGUUCUGUCCACGGUUCUCCAUUGAAGGCUGACGAUGUCAAGCAGUUGAAGGAGGGAAUGGGCUUCGACCCAGAGAAGUCUUUCGUUGUCCCAACCGAGGUCUACGAGCACUACCAGAAGCACGUUGGCGAGAACCAGAAGAUCUACAGAGAGUGGCAAGCCAGACUUGAAACCUACAAGCAGAAGUACCCUAAGGAGGGUGCUGAGGUCCAGAGAAGAUUGGACAACAAGUUGCCAGAGAACUGGGCUGACGCUUUGCCAACCUACACUCCUGACGACAAGCCAUUGGCCACCAGAAAGUUGUCUGAGAACGUCUUGAACGCCAUCUUGCCAAUUGUCCCUGAGAUCAUUGGUGGUUCCGCUGACUUGACCGGUUCUAACUUGACCAGAGGUGCCGACUCUGUCGACUUCCAGCCUCCAAACACCGGCUUGGGUGACUACUCCGGUCGUUACAUCAGAUACGGUGUCAGAGAGCACGGUAUGGGUGCCAUCAUGAACGGUAUUGCCGCUUACGGUGCCAACUACAAGAACUACGGUGGUACUUUCUUGAACUUCGUUUCCUACGCUGCCGGUGCCGUCAGAUUGGCUGCCUUGUCCCACCUCCCAGUCACCUGGGUCGCUACCCACGACUCCAUUGGUUUGGGUGAGGACGGUCCUACUCACCAGCCUAUCGAGACCUUGGCUUGGUUGAGAGCUACUCCAAACAUCUCUGUCUGGAGACCAGCUGACGGUAACGAGGUGUCUGCUGCUUACAAGAGCGCCAUCGAGUCCACCUCUACUCCUCACGUCUUGGCUUUGACCAGACAGAACUUGCCUCAGUUGGCUGGCUCUUCUAUUGAGAAGGCCUCCAAGGGUGCUUACACCAUCCACGCCGCUGAGAACCCAGACUUGAUCAUUGUCUCUUCUGGUUCCGAGGUUUCUAUCUCUAUUGACGCUGCCAAGAAGUUGGCUGAGGCUAACAUCAAGACCAGCGUUGUUUCCGUCGCUGACUUCCACACCUUCGACCAGCAGACCAGAGACUACCAGUUGUCUGUCUUGCCAGAUGGUGUCCCAAUCUUGUCCGUUGAGGUCUUGUCCACCUUCGGUUGGUCUAAGUACUCUCACGAGCAGUUUGGUAUCAACAGAUUCGGUGCUUCUGGUAAGGCUGACGAUCUUUACAAGUUCUUCGAGUUCACCCCAGAGGGUAUUGCCGACAGAGGUGCCAAGACCGUCCAGUUCUACAAGGGUAAGCCAAUCCUUUCCCCAUUGAACCGCGCUUUCUAA